CACUCGCGGCAGCCGCGGAGUCUCUUAGCCGGGAGGGGCCGGACGUGAGCGCAUUUCCGAGAGGAAGGAUUUAGGAAGAGGGUCGCCGUCCGCGAAGUGGGAAGAUGGCUGCUAGUAGUUCUAUUCCUAGGACACCUGUAUUGUCCAUGAGUGCAAGAAAAAUUAAAGAUAAUGCAGCAGACUGGCACAACCUAAUGAUGAAAUGGGAAACCUUGAAUGAUAAUGGAUUUUCUAUUGCCAACAAGAUUGUGAACAUCAAAAAUGCUACACAGCUUAAAGACAGCAAUUUGGAGAUAGAACAUGAGGAUCCCUCUGACAGUGAAAGACUGCCACUUAACUAUGACAUGGAAUUGGAGCAGUGCUGUACAGAACUACUUGGGACUUUUAAAAAAAUGGCUAAAAUACAUGAGAAAAUGGAAAAACUGUGUUCAACAACUAAAGGGGUCUGUGACUUAGAAACAUAUCAUCAUGCAGCAGAACCCAAGGCGCCUUUAUUUCACACGUGGCCUAUUUCCCAUUUCCGUGAUGUCUCGAUCAAGCUCUUAGAUAUGUAUUCGCAAGAACUGAAACUCAAGCACACCAUUGUGGAAGAAAUUGCUCAUACGGCUGACCAAGAUCUACUGAUGGUCUAUUUAUCAUCAUGGUUAUAUCAGCCCUACAUUGACAAUAACAACAUAGUUCUGUUAGAAAGUAUGUUGUUAGAAACAGGGCAUAGACAGCUAUAAUUGUACCUAUUUAUAUGAUAUUUCAGUUCACCUUAAAUUUCACUCUUUUAAGUAGCAAGAUAUAUAGUGCUAAUAUUGUUAUGGAUUUAUGAUUUUGUUACACUUACUUACUUGCAGCUUAUUUAUAAUAAAAGUUCUUUCUUAUGAUUUAUACCUCUUUUUGUUCUAUAUUAUACCACAAAGCACAAUUGCCUUUUAUUUCGAAGUGUAUUAUGAGCAAUAUGGCUAUUUUCAGAAUACUUUGUAGUUUAUCUGGGUAUGUAACUGGGCUGUCAGAAAAUUAGUUACAUCUAAGUAGUUUAAUCCUUCCCUAACAUUCAUAAUGUGUGAAUAUGUGAGAAUAGUUUCCUGAGUCUCCUCAAACUGGAUAAAAGAUAUCAAGGAAAAAUCUACAAUCAUGUAUACUUCUCCACUCAUAUGAAAAUAAAGCUGCAUAAUUAUAUAUGUUUUACAUAAAUAUAUACAAUUUGCAGAAGGCAUAGUUUCUCUACUUUCAGACUCAUAUCUUAGUUAAACAUUACUACUGGCAUAUAACUUAUGACAUUUUAAGCGAUUAAUACAAGAAAACAAGCAAUAGAGUAAAAACUUCAGAUUGUGUACAUCACAUUUACAAAUAUGCCAAAACAAAACAAUUCCUGGGCAGUUAUUUAACAUGGGAGUGUUCCAGUCGUUGUAAAAAAUAAUUAAAAAACAAGGUUCAGAAUAAGGAAGAUUCUGAAGCCCUUCAAAAACCAAGCAACUUAUAUGAUACAGCCAGGAUAAGGGAGAUAAACAGACUUCUAGAAAAUAAAAAGGGAAAUGCAGUCGUGGCCUGGUAUGUAAAGAUCAGCACUGUGCUCUUCCAUUUUUGGCAACAUAGUUGCUAGAUGAAUCUCUUAUGAGGGUGUCCUAGUAUGUUACUGGUCAGUCUCUGUUCAGAUUGUAUUUAUAAUCUCUUUCGACUUCUUCCAUCCCAACAAAAUGUUGGAAAGAUUAUAUAAAGGAAAUCAGAACUCUUGAUUAUCAGCAGGAUGACUCAAAAACCUGAAGAGAAUGGGGACAGAUUUGCUAUAAUGGGAGAUUCCAGCCAAAGAAAGAUCAGGUUCAAAAAUGGACCAAAUCUGGCAGGGAACUUACAA